AUGGCAAGUGUACAAUUGGCUGCAUCAGUUGGUUGUGCUCAUUGGAACACCAAUUUCAAUGAUUUAAAGCAAACUGAAAAGGUGUUGAAGUGUUUGAGGGGAGUUGAUGCGAAAAGGUUGAUCGUACAACAGAGACGUCUAGAGGAUCAAGGAGUUGCUUUUAGUGGGCCAUGCAUCGAUGGACCUCAUGGAGUGAGUUUAUCUUUUACUGCAUUCGUUUGCAACAACUUCAGUGCAGAUUCAUUCGCUGAUGCCAAAUGA